AUAAGUAGACAAACAUGUUCCAUAAUCCACAUUGACAUACUGCACGCUUACUGCAAACGUGUAAUAGUUACAUAGGAAAACAUGUCAGUCAACACAUGUUAGGUCUGACGCAGCUGCUCGUGGCUCUGUCCGUGUGAAGGCACAGCCGCAGUGAAAUAACAAUAAUACGCAGUUGGAGCCGCGCAGCUUCUUUUUUGGGGAGUGCGGACCUACAGUUGUGUGUGUGUUCGUAAACUAUGAGCCUUUUAGAGCCAAACGAUACUUUGUGUGAGUGGAGACACGCUCCGGCGCCGGCGGUCAUGUGUCGGACGCGUGCAGCUGCACACACGCGACAUACAGGACAGCAGACAGUCAUCACACAGGAGAGACGCUCAGGGGGCACGAGCGGCUGCGAUGGAGGCCAGAUAGUCCACGUCGAGCGUCAUCAUAAACCCAGAUUUACUUUCGUUCUGUAAAGCCAUGCAAGCUGAAUUAAUGCAACUAAAACAUCGUGUUGUCUUCACACAGGUGGAACACAAUAUGCUGUAACAUUUAAUUGGGAUAACAUAACAGUGAUAUAAGAUAAUAAUAUUAACAUAUUCAUGUUUAUUCAUGAUCAUAAUCUUUUUUUUUUUUUUUUUUAAAUUCACACCAUACAUAUUAUUUACAUUUACACUGAAACAAGACACAGGACUGCAUAAGAGCUCCUCUUCCUCUACACUGAUAUAGGCUCACCUUUUCAUUAUCAGUAUCUCAUUUAUGUCUGCGCACUUGAAAUUACACAUUAUAUUUUCAUCUUUGGAAUGUGGGUUUUGUGUGUGUGUGUGUGUGUGUGUGUGUGUGUGUGUGUGUGUGUCUGAGGUGAUUAACGGGUCAAAUAAUGCAUAAACCCCGUCUGACCUAGUUGCACAUAAAGCACAGUUGGUGAACUAUCUGGAAAAGGUUUAGGAAUGUUACUUGUCCACCGACGCACAACAGUCAACAUGCAACACAACAUUUUGUUGUUUUCACUCGUCUGUGGGUCUUAUAAAUACAAGUGGUUGAGGAUUUAUUCAUAUAUUGGUUGUAUUAUCUGGCCCCUGUGCCAGGCGACAGCCAGGCUGCUGAGAUGAAAGAAAACACAUUUUCAAUCACAUUUCGAGUUUUCUCCAGACAGCACCUGUCCAUCGAUCCACCUCCAGCCAUUACGAUCCAAACAUUGUUGCACUUUCAAGACGUCUUUAAAUGUGAGGUCGCUCCAACACGGGCGCAAACUGUGCGCAAUUUCUCCCCCAAAAGACGGCAACAAUGCAGAGAGUCCAGAGCUCCCUCCUGCCCGACGGGGAAUACUUCGACAUGUGGCAUGACUACAUGAACCUGGGCAGAGUCAUGGAGAAGCUGUGCGAUCUGCGUGAGGGGGACCCCAGAGGAGACACCGAGGGACCCCUGAGAGCAGCAGCCGGAGCCGCAGCCGGAGCGCGGAGCCACAUCCAGACCCCCCGGCGGCAGCACCGCAAGAACUAUGUGGGGACCGAAUCAGAGAGCAGCCUGUCGGACAGCAGCUCCACCGGGACUUCUUCAGACUUCUGCCGCUUCUGCAAGCAGAACGGGGAGUCUGCACGGGUGUACCGCUCACACAAGCUGAAAUCUGACGACGGGAAAGUCAUCUGCCCCGUCCUCUGGAACUACACCUGCCCCAUCUGCAGAGCUACGGGGGAUCAGGCUCACACGCGCCGCUACUGCCCGCAGGCGCAACAGCAGGACGCGGCGAGGAAGCUGCCAGGCUCCCGGCUCUGGUAGAACAGCUGACGAUGGACAGCGAGAGACUGAUGACACUGUAAAGACUGUACAUAAUUAUGAAAAGAUGUUUCGGUCACGUGGUUCAUGUUUACAUACCUGUUGUGGGUCGUCAAUGUGUUUUAAAGUUCCAUGUUUGGCGUUGUUUUUAAGUCCGUAUGUGUUGCUGUCAUUACAUUCUGCUGUGCAGGGAGGGACAGUUUCAUCACACACCUGUCCUGUUCAAGCAAAACACGUUAUCAAACCUGGAAGAAGAACUCAAGUGUCAAACUGACAUUUUGGAAACUGAAACCUAUCCUUUGUGUAUCAUGUUGAAACAAAACAAAACAAUAAACAUAGUAAAGUUCA